AUGGUGGAGACAUCAACGCCCACAGCGAACCCUUCGUGCUGCUGGCGGAGAUGGUACUCGUCGCUGUACGCCGCCAACCACCACCACCGCCGUUGGAUCCCCUUCCCCGCCACUUUCUUCUCAACGCAUAGCACCCUCCUCACUGCCAUUUUCCUGGCCUUCUUCUUCACUGUAUUUUAUUGGCAGAAGGAAGCCACCGCUGGUGAGCUGUUGAUUUUCCGGCGGAAUUUUUCGUCCCGGCAGUUCCCGAAGCUGAGGCCUGUCGCUUUUAACUUGACGGACUUUGGAGGUGUUGGCGAUGGUGUCACCCUUAAUACGGCGGCAUUUGAGCGGGCUGUGGUGGCGAUCUCCAAGCUGGGGAAAAAGGGUGGCGGACAGCUCAAUGUUCCACCCGGAGAUUGGCUUACGGCGCCGUUUAAUCUGACUAGUCACAUGACUCUCUUCCUCGCUGAGGGUGCUGUUAUUCUCGGCAUCGAUGAUGAGAAGUAUUGGCCUCUCAUGCCUCCAUUGCCUUCUUAUGGCUAUGGGAGAGAGCAUCCUGGCCCACGAUACGGAAGUUUGAUCCAUGGCCAACAUCUCAAAGAUGUUGUUAUUACAGGGCAUAAUGGCACCAUUAAUGGCCAGGGUCAGACGUGGUGGAGAAAAUAUAAACAGAAGCUUCUUAACCACACUAGAGGACCACUUGUGCAGAUCAUGUGGUCCACUGACAUUGUGAUAUCUAACAUAACAUUACGCGAUUCUCCUUUUUGGACUCUUCACCCGUAUGACUGCAGGAAUGUGAGGCUGAAGAAUUUAACUAUCCUUGCACCCGUUUAUCAAGCUCCAAAUACUGAUGGCAUAGAUCCUGGUAGGUUCGAAUUUGCUUCCUUGGAGUGUAUGGGCUUCCGGAGCUGCAGAUUGCAAGGGAAAUUUCUUGGACAGCAUGGUCAUGGGCUUUUGCUGGAUGGAGAUGACAGUUAG